AUGGUAGUGGAAUAUGUGUCCAAAUGGGUUGAGGCAAUACCUUUGCCUGAGAAUGAUGGCAAAAGUGUUGUUGGUUUUGAAGAAAAAUGUCUUCUCAAGGGGGCAACACCUUAUCACCUGCAGACGAGUGACCAAGUGGAGGUAUCAAAUAGGAAAAUAAGCAUAUCCUGGCAAAAAGCAGUAAAUGCCAACAGGACAAAUUGGGAAAGAAAGUUAGAUGAUACUCAAUGGGCAUAUCAGACAACUUUCAAGAUGUCUAUUGGUAUGUCUACAUAUCAAUUAGUGUUUGGAAAGACAUGUUAUUUGCCAACUGAUCUUGAGCAUAAGGCACUCUUGGCUUUGAUGAAGUUGAACCUUAGCUGGACUGAAACUGCAAACUUGAGACUGGAUAAGGUCAAUAAGAUGGAUGAGUUCCUCUUGAGAGCAUAUGAGAGGUCUCCACUGUACAAAGAGAGGAUCAAGUUGUAUCAUGAUAAUCAUAUUAUGAAAAGAACCUUUAUUCUUGAUGAUUAG